AUGGAGACGCCUUACACCGACCACUUGACCCUGGAGGACUACGAGCAGGUCUACGAGCCGGCGGAGGACUCGUUCCUGCUGCUCGAUGCCCUUGAAAAGGAUCUGGAGUACCUGGAGCAACUGCAGCCGCAUCUUUGUUUGGAAAUGGGCUCCGGUUCGGGUGUGAUUAUCACGGCUCUGGCCAAGAAACUGGCCAGCUGCUCGCUAUGUCUUGCCACGGACAUCAAUCCCAAAGCCUGCGAUGCCACGCGAAGAACUGCUGCCCGAAAUGGAGCCCGUUUGGACAGCAUUCGCUGCAACCUGACGGAUGCACUGCGUCGGCAAUCCGUGGACUUGCUGCUCUUCAAUCCACCCUAUGUGGUGACCAGCGAUGAGGAGCUGCAUACCCAGAAGUUCGAUUCCCACAGCGAGUCCUCAACGGAGCGCAAUCUGGUCUUCUCCUGGGCCGGUGGACAGGAUGGGCGACGCGUAACGGACAUUCUACUGAAGCAACUGGAUGACAUUCUUUCGCCUCGGGGCGUUCUCUACUUACUUCUUCUGCGGGAGAACAAACCGGAGGACAUUAUCACACACUUAGAGGGCCUCAAGUUCCGGGCUGUUAAGUUCAUGGAGCGACGCAUUCCUGGCGAGCAUCUAUACAUACUGAAGGUCACCAGGUCCUCCUCUUCCUCCUCCACCUCAUGACUCGUGCAAUAAACUCGUUGGUUGACUGGAAUAUCAAAAGCUAGUUGUAUUUUAAUUAGAAGGUAAACCAUAUAAAAGUUAAAGUUUACAUUUGAUACUUAAAAUACCUAUUAUUCAGUACAAUUUUUAUUAAAGAUUAACUAAUACCUA